UAUAAAAAAUAUUAAAGUCUAACUUCAUCCGAAGUCGCAAUUUGAUAAAAAUGUAAAUAAUAAAUAAUUAUUUUUUUCAAAUGAUAUUCAGAAACUUAGCCUAAAAAUGACGAUAUUUCACGAUGAAAUAGAAAUCGAAGAUUUCGAUUAUGAUGCUGAAGAGGAAAUGUAUUAUUACCCAUGCCCGUGUGGAGACAUGUUUCAGAUAAGUAAGGAAGAAUUAAUGGCUGGUGAGGAGGUGGCUACAUGCCCUAGUUGCUCACUCGUUGUUAAAGUAAUAUACGAUGCGGAGAAAUUUAAAGCAGAAGCUGAAGAAAAACAAACUGAUUCAAAAGAAAAGGAAGCUGUUUGCAGUAUAUAGAAAUUUAAAGCAAAAUGCUCUAUAAAUUGAGCUAGAGUUACAAUAUGGAGCUUGGACAAGGCUUUAGCAAAGAGAUUUGAUAUUUACAAACCGACCGAAUCUGUACAGUUGUUGUUCAAAGACAUUUAAUAAAUAACAAUGAAUCUCUGAUAUAAUGCUUUAUUUUACACUUUAUAAAUAUUAUUUUACAACACCCAUUUAUUUUCCUUAUAAAUAUACAUUUCAAUACAUUGGGCUUGGAAGUGAAACUAGUAUUCAAAACUUUUAAGAUGACAACUAAAAUAUGGAAU